UAAUCAGUCACGAUGUUCGAUGAUUGUCCAGAUUUGUCUCGUAGAGUAUGACGGGUAAUGCCGCUGCGUGCGUAGAUUGUGACGUGCCUGCGUCAUUCUUCCCGGGUUUUGGAGUCUUCAAUUUCGAAUCGACUCUGAUUCUUUCAUGUUUUCAAGGAGCCGAUUCAGGUUUAAUUUUCUCAAUUCUUAAGAAACAACGAGACGCAAGUUAAUAGUGUAACUACUCGAAGUAUCAAUUAUUGAAAGUAUGCAUGAAAACACAUCAUUGUCAUGCAUGCCAAUGGAAUUAAUUGCCAUCAUCUUUUGGAGUGGUCUUGUGAUUCCGAAGCGGAAAGCCGAUUCUUUUUGAACGGAUUUGGAGUGAGCCUGCACCCAUGAGUUUCUGGUUGAAUUAAAAUGUCCAGAUUAGUGCAGGAACUUUUGUGUUUAAUUCGAAAACCUAACACCCUUUCGCACAAACGAAAGAUUGUGUUGUGGAUGCAGAAGAAGGGUCUUUUGCACCGGAGAAUGCGAUGCAAAUGCAAAGAAAAAAUGAAACUUGAAAAACAGCCACGUCGAGAUGGAUAUCAUUGGUAAGUUACAUGUUUUUCAAAUUGCUAAAAUAUGUAUGCAGACUAGUACUUUUUGGGAUAUAUGGGGGGAAAGAUUUGUUAGUAUGAUUCUGAUUUUCACCAGGGUUUGCAGAAGAUGCCGAGGAGUUACAACAGUUCGUAAGAAUACAAUUUUCUACCAGUCCCGCAGAUCAUUGCAGAACCAUGUAGAAUUCAUCUACAGGUUUUCCCAAGGUCUAAGAAUGAGACAGAUAGACCUGAUGGAGGAUGGUGUGGCUUCAAGCAGCAGAACUUUAUCUCGAAUGACUGCAGUACUAAGAAAGGUCUGCAUACGGGCAGUAAAGAAACUUCGGCACCUAGGACAAAUGAAAGUUGGAGGUCAUCACUGCUUUGUCCUCAUAGAUGAGAGCAAAUUUUCACAUAAGAGAAAGUACAACCGUGGCAGAUUUGGCUCUGCUUGGCGACGCAACAAAAAAUGGGUUUUAGGCAUACUAGAAGUUGAGCAGACAAGAAGAAAACCCAUUCUCAAAGUGGUAAGAAGACGGUCAAAAAAUGAACUCUUGCCAAAUAUUUUGAAGUAUGUCCGGAGAGGCUCCAGUAUAAUUACUGAUGAAUGGCGAGCUUAUCGCAGGGCUUUGACACAGGCAGGCUAUGACCAUCACACAGUGUGCCACAAGAGGAAUUUUGUUGAUCCAGUAACAAGAGCACAUACACAACAUUUGGAGCGUGCCUGGAAGACGUACAAAAUGGAUAUAUGGCGCCACCGUGGCAACAGGACAACUAAACUUUUGAAAGAGCACCUCAAGGUCAUUGAAUGGGAAUACUGGCUUGCCAGGAACCAUCCCUCACACAUUCUUGGCCGCCUUAUACAUGACAUUAGAAAAUACAACUUACAUGAAUGUAGUUAACCAGCCUGUAAAGAAACAUAAUUUUGUGCACCGCCAACUGUUUAUAACUCUUUAUAUUGGUUAAUUAAAUGUAUGUGGUAAAACCUUGUAAUUUUACAGUUUUAAUGAAUAAAACAUGAUUUGCAUUGGAAAUAUAUUGUUUCUUUGUACUUUUCCACAUUACUUUGAUGUUACCUUCUUAUAAUGACUUCAUGAUAUCUUAUGGAUGUUUAUAAGAAUACCCAACAUUUCUCACUUUACUUAAAGCAGACAAGGACCUCUUAUAAAUGAUAAUACCACGUUUAUAAAAGUACCUAACUUUUGUCACUUUACUUAAAGCAGACAAGGACCACUUAUAACUAUUAAUACCACGUUAUAAAGCUUUUUAGAUGUUUAAAAGAAGACUUUGUUUUCAUCACUUUACUUUAAGCAGUUAAAGACCACUCAUAAUAUGUUUAUUGUGUGUUAUAAGUCAUCACACUCUUCGUUACACUAAAUAUUUA